UGAUGCAACUCAGUGCUGCAUAUUUUUUUCCCCCGUCGCGUCGACCGUCUCGCACAGUCCAAUUUGAAAACAGCACGGAUUUGUUUGCGUGUGUCAUAAAGUCAUUUCAUUAUUUUGUUCCCCCGUUGUUGCUCGAGUCUGUAUUCCUCUUGAGUUAAGGAUAUACUCGGCAGCAUUGGGGGUCGGAGCAGACAGCUGGCAGACUGACUGCAUCUCGACUUCGGAUGCUGGCUCCAAACAACCAAGAGGCGCAGAUGCGGUCUGUCUGGCUCCAAAAACCCUCUCUGAGCUGAAACCGGAGCGCUGCCCCCCUAAUCAUGGAUACCCAUGAUAGCACUCUUCACUCUCUCACUCUCUGAGACUUGACUGUGAUGCUCGGGGGUGAAGAGGAGCAAGGCUGAGGAGGAGGAGGAGGAGGAGAUGGGCUGCACCUCCGCCAAGCAGGUGUCUGCAGUUCCCAACAGUGAAGAGGACCAGAGCAAAUCCCACAGCAAUGGAGACCUCUUCUCUGAUGAGUACAAGAUGAAAGGGGGGGACAAAGUCAAGUACAUCGGCGGCGAAGAGCCAGGAGUGGAAGGCCAGGACAGCACGGAGAAAAGCGCUUUACUCGGGAAAAAUCAACUCACGGAUGAAACCGGAUCGAACGAAGAUGGAAAGAUAUUGAGCAUUCAUUCCUCAGAGAGCCAGCAAGAGUUUUUCAGGAUGCUUGAUGAGAAGAUUGAAAAGGGCAGGGACUACUGCUCAGAGGAAGAAGAGAUGACAUAGCACCAUGCUCGAGCAUUCAUCAGCCAUCCGAUGGCAAGGGUGCUGGUGUUGGAAUGGUCAGUACCAUUACACCCGUCCAAAGGGGAGAAGGACAAUUCAGAGCAACUUCUCGCCCUCGUGCUCAUUACGAAGCUCCUUCGUGUCUAACCCAAUGACCCAAAAUCAAAGACGCUUCACGAGUUGAUGAGAGGACUUCGGUUCAGUUUACGUUACAGAAAAGCCAUUACAGGAUUUGGGGAUGAAGAGGAACUCGUCCCUGCUUGGAAGUCAAUAUACAUUGAUUGGACAGUUUCGACAAGUCAUAAAAUUGGGCUUCAUGCGUGAAUAUUUCUUAUUUUUCAAUUGGAUCCAUUCAGUGAAAAGUAAGAUGCAUAUUAUAUUGCCACACAAAUUUGAUCCAAAAUCGAAUGCCCCAAUACAUCCAGUGUUACAGUACUGUGUAAUAAAAUUGAUUGAUAAGUUUAACUGAAUAGAAUUUCUAUGCCUUGAGUCAUGUUUCCAUGAUUUACUUUUUCAUUGAUACUUUAAAAUUAUCUUCAGGCUUUAAGGCUGCUGAUUUGAAAAAAAAAAAAAAAAAAAAAAGAGUAAUUGAAUUAGUUGUAUGUACAAUUACAGUAAAACCAGCCGCACAGAUAUUUCAUGCAUGAGGCCCACGCUCUCCACCUGCCCCCCUGAAAAGUCACGAGGUUGGCUUCUGCAUUCCCCCCCAAAAACCUAUCACUCUUUUCUACAAUUUCUGGGCCGAUUCUAAAUGUCUCCCAACAUUUCUUUCCAUUAUAUUUAUGUGAAACAAGGCUCAGGGUUGCUUCCUUUCAUCACCGCACAUUAAGACCCUUGCACGCACUCACACGGUCGGCUUUCGAUGUAAUGACCCGCUUGGGUGAACUCACUCAUUAGUCGGCGUCUGUAUUUCACUCAUCAGUGUUACUGUGGAAGUCUAUGUUGGUCUUUUGUUUUUCUAAAAAAAAUAAAAUAAAAGUGGCUUUGAACUUA